CAACCCCAUUAUCAAGAGUAGUAUAUAUAUAACAUAUUUGGUAUUCUUUACCGUAUCCAACGCAACGCAAUUAACCAAAACUUGUUCACAGUACAACUUCAAGCCUCUUAUAUUAUCCAAGAAAAUGGCUCAAGAAAUGGCAAUGAACCAAAUUGUUGAAAAAUACGGACCAUACGGUUCUCAAUGUGCAACAAACUGGUCCGUGAUGCUUGACGAAUGUGACAGCAUAAGAGAGGUCAUUAUAAGGCACGCAAACAUUGUUGACGGAAUCGGAUUCGUUAUCAUCGACGGAAGUGGGUGUAACACCACUAAAACCGUCGGUGGCCAAGGCGGCAAAACUUCCAAGAUUGUACUGAGGCCUAAUGAGUACAUAACACAAAUAAGCGGAACCCAUGGAGAGCACAAGGGCAGUGGUUACGAGCGUCGUAUAACCUCAUUGAGGAUCCACACCAACUUAUGUGCAGGAGGAUAUGGACCUUAUGGACUAGCAAAGAACUGCCAGAAUGUUUGUAGCUUCUCAACUCCACUUGCUCUAAGUGAUCCAAUUGUUGGCUUUUUUGGAAGGCAAGGAAAGUUCCUCGACUCCAUUGGUAUUUACAUGAAAAAACAGUGUUUGGAGCAAUACUCACCAUACUGAAGUCUUAGAGCUGGCCGUAAUCAACUAGCAAAAGUGGAGCUUGGAUCUGUGUUAAUGAUCGGUGUACCUUAAUAUUAUGUUAUAAUUCUCUAAUCUCUAUUAUAUGAGUUUCGUACCUACCAAUAAGCCACUAUGAGAUCAGAUCGAGUGGGCUCUUAAGUUUUAAGUAUGAUUUGUAUAAUCAUAAGCUUAAGUAAUCGCGUUGUUAUUUAUAUUAUGUUUGUCCUUUUUAUACGAGUAAUUGGUCUUUCCAACUGUGUGGCUUGGGACUAUUUUCAAUACUUCCUCCGUUCUUUUAUUAUUGCACCACUUGCCUUUAUAAGAAGUUUCACAAAUAUUGCACCAUUUCCUCUUUUGGAAAAAAAUUAUUUGUGUUCACACUAUAAAUACCCAACAUACCCUUGUUUUUUCAAACUUACUUUUUAAUUUAUCAAUAUGUCACAUGGGCAAUUUUGUAUUAUUACAUUUUUCUCUCUUACUUUUUUCCACUAUCAAAAUAUUUGUACUCAACCUCUAUGGUGCAAUAAUAAAAAAACGGAGGAAGUAUAUCACUUGAUAUAUGUUUUUAUUAUUAUUAUUAUUAUUAUUGAAAAAAUAAUGACAUAUAUUUAUUUUAUGAACACUGUAAAAAAAAUGAACUUAUUAAUAUUUCUUUCAAUGUUUAGAGAUUUACAAAAGCAAGUGAUAGAAAAUUCAAUCGCAUGGACUCUAAAUUGGGAGAGAAGCUUUAACCACAAGACUGACAUGUGGUAUCUAUCCCUCACUCUCAAUCUUUACAUUAAAUGAGGUUACACGUACGACACUGAAAGAUUACUCAACAGACAAACAAUGUGGAUCAUAUUGUGUGAUUAACCACACUCAAGAUACUGUAAUAACCUAAUUAUAAUAUUCUAUAUACUAUCUCCGUUACAUAUUAUUUGCAACGAUUUGACAUAAAGCAGAGAGGAAAAAUGUCUAAUCGUUGCAAAUAAUAUAAAACGGAGGUAGUAUAUUCAACUAAUAAAGUGCUGGAUUUUACAAAAUAAUUGUUGUAGACAAGUGUUGUACACUUGUAUCCAGCCAGACGGAAGGACUAUUUGAGUUUACUUUGCUCGCAAAGACUUUAGUUAUAUUAAAAGUAUUAUCUUGCAAGUGGUAUAUAUAACACCCAAGUUGUCAUUUGAUUAAUUAGAUCAAUAAAUAGUAGUUAGAACGAGAUGACGUAAAUUUGGCUACAAUAUGUAUUUGGCAUUGUGAGUUUAAUUUGUAAAUUAGAGAAUCAGAACGGAAAUAGUAGCCUGUAUGGCUGUAUAACCUCACUAAGACAUUAACAUGCAGUUGUUUAGACUUUAGUAACCAGGUGACGGUAUUUAUUAAAUUAUUAGUGAUCGAUCAUGUGCCGAUAUGCGCGGAAGAAGUUUAGAUUAUUGAUUAAUAAUUAUUGAUUGUGGUUAUUAUAUUACUGCUAAAAGUCGUCAAUUAAAAUUUAAAUAAAAACAAUUACAGGCUUGAUACGAUGAGCGCUAGAUAAGGGUUGGAGUGAAGGAACACGAUCUAGUUUAAGAUGACCAACUUAAUCAUGAUUGCACCUACUAUGUACUUUGUUUUUGUAAUAGUUGCACAGAAUGAAUAUUCAUAAAGGAAAGUUUAAUGCAAUGAAUAAUUUAACACUGAGUAUUUUUUUAAAAUUUUUGAUUGAUACUAUAUUCGUGAAAUGAUUUUAAGUUAAUUAAUGCCCCUUUGAAGGAGGGGUGGAUGAGAUUCAAACAUGUGACCUCUGUGUCACGUUGGUUCUGAUAUCAUAUUGACAGUCAAUUCAACCAAAAGUUUAAGCUGAUGAUUGGGGCCUAGGAGUAAGUUAUAUACACUGUAAAAAAAAUGAACUUAUUAAUAUUUCUUUCAAUGUUUAGAGAUUUACAAAAGCAAGUGAUAGGAAAUUCAAUCGCAUGGACUCUAAAUUGGGAGAGAAGCUUUAACCACAAGACUGACAUGUGGUAUCUAUCCCUCACUCUCAAUCUUUACAUUAAAUGAGGUUACACGUACGACACUGAAAGAUUACUCAACAGACAAACAAUGUGGAUCAUAUUGUGUGAUUAACCACACUCAAGAUACUGUAAUAACCUAAUUAUAAUAUUCUAUAUACUAUCUUCGUUACAUAUUAUUUGCAACGAUUUGACAUAAAGCAGAGAGGAAAAAUGUCUAAUCGUUGCAAAUAAUAUAAAACGGAGGUAGUAUAUUUUACAAAAUAAUUGUUGUAGACAAGUGUUGUACACUUGUAUCCAGCCAGACGGAAGGACUAUUUGAGUUUACUUUGCUCCGCAAAGACUUUAGUUAUAUUAAAAGUAUUAUCUUGCAAGUGGUAUAUAUAACACCCAAGUUGUCAUUUGAUUAAUUAGAUCAAUAAAUAGUAGUUAGAACGAGAUUAGACAUUAUUAUAUCAACAAUUUUAUUAUUAAUUUUUUUUUUCUGUUUAAACAUGGUUAGCAUGAUAAAUAAUGGUACAAGACUAGAUAAUGGGGAAGAAGCUAAGAUGCUACCAUACCAUUUUCAAGCGACACACACAGAAAAAUCUCAAAACUCAAAAUAAAGCUUCAUAAUUUCAUCAAAACAUGGCCUUAUCAUCAGAAAUGAUGGAUGAGGAACUGAGAGAAGCAGCACUGAAUGGAAGUGUAAAGUUCCUCAAAAAAUGUGUUAAAUCCAAUAAACCAGUGGAAUACUACAUGAGUUAUCACCCCAGAAGCAGCAACGAUGAAGCUGAUCGCCGUUACGGGAAUAUCUUUCACAUGGCAGCGUACAAUAACAAAGAAGAGUUUAUAAAAAAGGCUAUCCAGAUUUUACCUGUCGAAAACACGCAACAACUCCUCCUCCAACCACGCGAACCGAGCAACGGAAACCCUCUACAUGUAUCAGCCGACCCUGGGAAUGUGAAGAUAACAAAGAUAUUCCUAGAUGUGUAUAGAUCUUUGCCAUCAUUACCAUCUGAUAUCGAACUACGACCUUGGUUAAUGCAGAAUAACGAAGGCGAUACUCCUUGCUACGUGGCUAUUGGAAAUAAUCACGAGGAAUGCGCGUUGGAAAUAUUAAAAAUCGAUAUGGAGUGUAUUUGCAAUACGCCUGAUAACCGCGGCUCCUACAUAAUUUUCGACGCUAUCUAUAAUAAGCUAACCAAGUUAGCGUUGGAGAUAUUAAGGUCCCCCUUCUCUAUUUCUUGCACCGGAUAUGGGGGUCGAUCCCCGUUUAUCGCGAUACACGUUUUAAAUAGCUCAGAAGAAGCAGAAGAAAUCUUUCGACUGUUGCUUGAAAGAGAUCUAGACCUAAUCAAACAAAUUGAUGAGGAUGGAUUUUCGGUGUUCUAUCACUGGGUAAGGUAUGGCAAUAAAACAUGGCCAUUUAAAAGACUUCUAAAAUGCCAUGAUAUUAUCCCUAAGAGUGUUUUUGUGGACAUGGUCUUUUUAACAAACAAUUAUGGUGAUAACCUUCUACACAAUCUAGCCGAGUAUACGUCGAAUGAAGAAGUUGCUAUUGAAAUAGCAAAAUUGCUCAUAAAUACAUACAAAGAAGAACCAUCCAACAUUGAUGUGCAUCCUUGGUUAGUGGUAGACAAUGACGGAGAUACACCAUUGUCCCUGGCUAUUAACCGUCAGUUUGAAAAUUUUGCAAUUUAUAUUUUGUCAUUAGAUGCAAAUACCGUAAUUAAGAUUCGGAAAAAUCUUUUAUUCUUGGCUGUUGAGAAGGAAUGUCAUCAAGUCGCUGAGAAGAUUUUGGAGAUAAUAGAAAACCAAGGUUGGGCUCACCUUCUUAAUAGUUAUCACAAGAAUGUGCUGCAUAUUGCACCCUUUUGUAAACAAGAGUUUUUUACAAGACUGGUUGAAGGGCAUCCGGAGUUACUCAACGAAAUAGACAAAGGGGGGAUUACGAUUUUACGCAAUUGGGUUAAAAACGGUGAAGUAUGGCUAUUUCAAUACAUUUUAGAGAGCAAAUGGAGAAGUACCUUUGUUAAGCUUCUAAAGGAAAUCGAUUACAAUAAAUGGAACAACCCUUUUCAUGAUGCUGCAAGUACCACCAAUAAUGAGGCAACAAUCCAAAUAGUAAAGCUCCUUGUAGAAGCUUACAAAGAAGAAUUUCCUAAUUGGGAUGCGUACGCGACUAGUCAAUUGCCAUGGUUUGUAAAGAAUAAAGCGGAGGAAGGACCUUUGCACAUUGCUAUAAGCAACAAAAAUGAAAAACUUGCAUCAUACAUAUUGUCACUACUUGAUGAAGAUGAUGAUAUUAGUGAAUUACUAGAUUAUUACAAGCCCGAGCACAGAACUUUGUUUCUUGCUAUACUGAAUGAUUGUCAACAAGUGACUGAAUUUAUAAUGUCAAGAUUAGAUAAGGAGGGCUGGACAAAAUAUCUGAAGGAUUUUUCUGAUGGUCGGAAUAUAUUGCAUUUGGCUCCAACUUUGACAAAUGUUAAGUUCGGGAAAUGGCUUGUCAAUGUUGCACCAGAAUUCAUCACCCAAAAAGACAACAAUAAUCAAUCGUCUUGGGAUAAAGCAUAUGAAAUUGGUCCUUCAUGGUUUAUAAAAGCAGUUUUGGAGAAGGAUCCAUCCGUGUUCAAUAGUGCACCCUUGGUUUGGACCAAAGCCUGCGAGAAAGGCCAUGUCGAUGCUCUUAAGGCAUUCAUUGAACAUAAUCCUGGUGCUUUUCGAGAUCUUUGCGUUAAGUAUAAGGAUUCGCCUUUGCAUCACAUAAAACUCCAUACCUUAACGGAGUACGAAAAUUUUCUUCAGAUUCCACACAUGAAGGAUCUAAUCAAUAUUCAAAAUGUCAAAAAUGAGACGCCUCUCCAUAAAGCAAUACGAAAUGGAGACAUAUUUCUAACAGAAACACUACUCAAGAUGGAGAAGAUAAUAUAUGACAUCAAUGAUAUUAACGAUGUGACUGCAAUGGAUUUGCUGGCUCAUGUACACAAGGAAGAUAAUGCGACAUGGGGGCAUAUGUGCAAAAGAAAUGGACUUGAUCCGACAAUAAAAACAACAUACUUUAAACACAAGACAAAUUUAUUAGACGUGCGAACUUCACUAUUUUUAGUAGCAGCCUUACUAGCCACCAUUACAUUUACUGCUGGAUUCACUCUACCUGGUGGGUUUAACCAAGAAACUGGAGAAGCCCUUUUAGGCAAGAAGGCAUCUUUUCUAGUGUUUUUGGUGUCUGAUACAUUGGCCUUAUUUUUUUCAAUGUUGGUGUUGAUUUGUCUCACAUGGUCCAUGGUCUUCGAACCCAGUAAGUCACUAAUAUUGGUUGAUCGAAGCAUGGUGUUACUUAGGGUAGCACUCAACUGCACCUUAUUGGCGUUUAUGACCGGAGUAUAUAUUGUUAUGGCCCCAAUGUCCUUGUGGGUAGCCAUCCUAAUAAUCGUCGUCAUAAGUUCUCUUAUUAUUAUUUCCGUCGAUAAAACUUUCUUGUAUGAAGUCCUAGACAAACUAUUCCUCAUUGCAAGUAAGGAGAGCAAAGACCCGAUGCAACUAGCCGAACUGGGGUACAACUUUAAGAAUGAGUAGGUGGUUCUUUUACUUAUUAGUUCGAGUUUGUGAGCAGAUUGAGUUCAAACCAAGGCCUUCGAUUUUGAGGGAAUGAGAAUGAAGAUCUUGAAGGAUGUCGGCUAAUGUGAAAAAUUGGAUGUUAACUUUUAGUGUGGUUCACUGGUUCUAUCUUCUAUACUCAACUUUCUAUGUACUACUUCCGUUAACUUUUAGUUGCAAUUUUAGAAUAUUUAUAUCUCACAAAUAAUACUCCAAAAUUGCAACUAAAAGUUAACGAAUGUAGUAUAUUUAUACCCUUCAGGCUUCUGUUUUUUUUUUUUCUUUGGUUAACCCUUCGGGCUUUCACAAUACAUUUUUUUUUAAUGUUCAGUAGUUUAAUUAGUUAAGGUCCGGACCGACCCGAAUUUUUGGUCACCUCUAAUGAUAAUAUAAUGUAAAGUAUAUUAUUUUUCAACCACCAUAAUCUAAAGACAAAAUUCAGAGAACAUUUUAAAAUAAAUAAUUAACAUUAUGUCACAAAUAAAAGUACAUUAUAAUGACAAUCAAAGAACAUGAAAAAAAAAAAUUAUUUAACAACAUGUUAUGUUAUUUACAAUUCUAUAGCAUGUUCUUUCCGCUUUAAAUGAAUGUUCUUUACAAUUCUAUAACAUCUUCUUUUCACUUUAACUAAAUGUUCUUUGCAUUUCUAUACAAUGUUUUUUCCUUUUUUUUUUUUUUUUUUUGGAAGGGAUGUACCAUGAGGAUCAUGCAUCAGCCUAUAGGAACCACACAUUGUUUUUAUUUCCGGUGAUGAUUUUGUUAUUUGAGAUGGAGUGUACAUUUUUGUAUAAUUCUAAGUUUUAAUUUUGAAGUUUGGGAGCUUCUAUAAUUCUUCUUUAUCUAUAGUAUUUAUAGUGUGAAAAUUCACAAUUUUUUAAAAUGGACGGUUGAUAUAAUUUUUUAUUUAUUUAUUUUUAAUUAGUAAUUUUAUUA